AGUCAAGCAAACCAGCGAGGCAGCGAAGCGGGCUUAAGCUUAAGCCACCUCUCGUCACGCCUCCAAACCCACUUCUCUCCCACCACCGAGACCGCCGCCUAUUCUUUCCUUCCUCCCUCUCUCCGGUCUUUGCUUCUCGCGAGGAAGUUGGCAUCCUAGAUACAUACUCCUUCCAUGGCGCCGUCCCAGAUCCGCUUCGGCCACCAGAUCCCCUUCUCCCGCCCCGACUCCGACGAGGAGGAAGAGGAGGACGACGAGGACGAGGAGGUGGAGGAGGAGGAGGAGGAGGAGGAGGAAGAGGAGUACGAAGGGGAGGAGGAGGAGAUGGAGGGCGAGGUGCCGGUGUCAUCGCCGCUGAUGCUGCCGGCGGCGAGGGGAGGAGGAGGAGGAGGGGUGUCCGUCGUGGAGACGGUGGCGGCGGCGCUGCGGAGGUCGCUGCUGCUGUGCAGCAGCGUGCGCGCCGCGGAGGACGAAGGGGCCGCGGCGGCGGCGGCGGCUGCUGCGGGGAUGCAGAUUGGCCGGCCCACCGACGUGCGGCACGUCUCGCACGUCACCUUCGACCGCUUCGUGGGGUUCCUCGGCCUCCCCGCCGACCUCGAGCCCGACGUGCCCCGCCCCGCGCCUAGCGCCAGUGUGAGUGUAUUUGGAGUUUCACCAACGUCCAUGCAAUGCUCAUACGAUAACAGAGGAAACAGUGUGCCAACAAUACUAUUGACCAUGCAAAAGAAGUUAUAUCAACUUGGGGGGCUUCAGGCUGAAGGAAUCUUCAGAAUAAAUGCAGACAAUAGUCAGGAACUACAUGUCAGGGAGCAACUAAACAUGGGUGUUGUUCCGGAUGGUGUUGACAUGCACUGUCUGACGGGCCUCAUAAAGGCAUGGUUUCGUGAACUUCCAAGUGGAGUAUUGGACUCAUUGACUCCAGAACAAGUGAUGCACUGCAACACUGAAGAAGAAUGCGCUCUCCUUGCGAGUACUCUACCUCCAGUGGAAGCAGCACUACUUGAUUGGGCCAUCAAUCUGAUGGCAGAUGUUGUGGAACAUGAAAACUACAAUAAGAUGAACGCUCGCAACAUUGCUAUGGUUUUUGCACCAAACAUGACUCAGAUGGCCGAUCCCUUGACUGCUUUGAUACAUGCAGUUCAAGUGAUGAAUUUUCUCAAGACACUUAUCUUGAAGACUGUGAAGGGACGGGAAGAAACAGCUAUGCCAUCAAGUGCAUUCCCAUCAAGCUCUGGUUCCCCAAGUGACAAAGAUGAACCUCAGGCAUUAGAGCAUUUGGACAAGCCCACCAUUUGUUCAACUCAGCAAAAUAAUGAUUUUCCAAUGAUUAGUGGGGCUACUCUUGAUCACUUCCUCUUUAGAGCAGAACCAUUGCGUCAUAAUGACGCACAAGGUAGUGCUGGACGACCCAAGAAACGCGACAAUAAGGACCAUGACAACAGCAGCAGGGAAUUUUCUCCCAUAGAUAGUGAUUCAAGUAGCCAAGCCAGCAAUUCUGCAAGCAAAUUCAGUAAUGACAAUGUGGAAGGUUUAUUUGACAGAUUUAAAUUUCGGAAAGGAGUAGGGAGGCUGUGCAGACACCCUGUUUUUCAGUUGAGUAGGUCCAUGAAAAAAUCAGGUGAAGCGGGACAAGCCUGUGUAUGAAGUAAUGACACGAUAGGGUGUAGUUGAUAGUUUCCAUUAUUUUUAGAGGCAUGUUUACUUAACAUUUCAUCAACCAUUGUCCUAGAUUUCGUGAGUAGAACUGUAGAAGGUAUUAGCCAAUUUGGUGGUAGUAGUACUGAACUACUGAUGUCGAGUUCCUGCCUGUAUAUUUCAACUAUUCAUUUCUGACCAAUCAACUUGUACGAUGCCAUCAUUACUUUCGGUUGUUAGUUAUA